AGCACCACUGUUGUUGUUUUUGCUGCUCUGCACAAGAUUGUUUGUUUAGCCACACAAUUGCAAGCAUGCGUUGUUGUUGCAGGCCAGGAAUUGUAUCUCCACAACUGAAUCUGCACCACCACCAACAACAUCAACAACAACGAUCGAUCGAUCGAUAUGGAGGCAAGAGCCAUUGUUUGUUUGUUUGUUUGUCAAUGGCGGCUCCUCUGAAGCAGCAGCGGCAGCAGAAUGGCUCCAUGGCGAGACUGAAUUUCAUGAGAGAGCAGAAGCAUCAGAGUUUCGUGAUGCUUAAAAAUCUGCACUUUACGGGGUUGAAAGUACAUUCAUCGAGGAAUGCGGGUCACGGGGUUGAAGCCAUUCAUUCUAUAAUGCAGCCACGUCCGAAGCCAUGAUACAGUCAGUCAGUGUUUUGUCCAAUUGUGGUAGAAGUGGAGUGGUGUUAGUGAAACUGGGCGAAAAAAGAGAGCGAGGUUUAGAGAAUAAUGGUGGUUUGAUCCACACCGCCUUUUGAAUUGCACAUCAGCAACCUCCGAAGGUCGUUAGGGACGAGUCCAAUCGACCCCUCGGAUAUUGUUUUGCAAGUUGUUUGUUAGUCCUGUUCACUGAAAGCGUUUUGUUGUUGUUGUUGGUGUUGUUAGUGGUGGUGUUGUCUUUUUGGGUUUAUUUUAUUUUAUUUUAUUUUAGUUUGUGGGUUGUAGCUAUGGCGUCCUGCUACCCACUCUCCGUCUCGCGCCCUAUGUUGCUGCACCGAUGUCGAUCGUCCGCUUGUUCUCGCGUACCCAGCUGUGGGACUUCCUCUUCUCUCCAAACACACCUGAAUUGUGAGAUUUGGUUGGGUAUUUUAGCGUCGGCGUGUUGUCGAAGAGUGGCCCCGGUUUUGCUGCAAGAGCUGUUGCAAUGGAAGUGGGUCGGGAGGCGGAGGUUCGAGUGCGAAGGAACUGAGUUUUGCGAACCCUCGUGUGGCCUGAGGUGGAGGCGGAGAGGGGGUCGAACGAGGGGAUCGAAAUUGGCGUGCAGAGCGGGCCUGAUUGAGCCCGCGGUGCGUCUGGUGCUGGCAGACAUGGAUCCCGAGAAUUUGCAGAAUUUGAUCGUUGGAGCGAGUGUUCUGGCUGCCACUUCUGCUUCCCUCUACUACGGGCUCAAGGGUGAACCCGAAACGUGUGCGAAGUGUGCAGGGAAUGGUGGAACAAAAUGUGUAUUCUGCGUUGACGGGAAAAUGAAGACUGAGGCUGGGCUGACGGAUUGCCGUGUCUGCAAAGGAGCAGGCCUAAUUCUUUGCAAAACAUGUAAAGGGUCGGGGUAUUCACGGCGCAUGUGAUAAUAUGUACAAGGUAGAGUCCAUUUUUAGCUAGUUCUUUAGAGUCGGUGAAGACGCUGAGGUUCGGACAAAUGUAUUGUAGUUCCCACUCAUCUCUAUCCGUUCCACCAGAAUUAUUUGAAUGGGCUUCAACCAGAGAACACAACGGAGUCCUAGUAAUUGCAAAUCAUGGGAAGAGGCGCAGGAGGAUGACGGACCAUGAGGUAUAAACCGCCGUCCACUCCGCCCGCCUAAUCACUGAAUUUUUGUUCAGCCUGGUGCAUUCAGCAGAUUGCGGUUUCUUCAAUUCAAUUAGUUUCUGAGACCAAA